AUGAAGGGCGAAAUCCUCCACCUUCACUUGGGCCAGGCUGGUACCCAGCUCGGUAACAGCGCUUGGGAGCUGUAUCUCCUUGAGCAUGGCCUCGGACCUGAUGGUCGCCCGGACCCUAAUGCUUCAAAGGAUGUUAUGGAUGGCGGUUCAUACGAGACAUUCUUUACCGAGACCAGCGGUGGCAAAUAUGUACCCCGUUCCAUCUUCGUCGAUUUGGACCCCUCGCCUAUUGACGAGAUCCGUACCGGCAACUAUCGUCAGCUCUUCCACCCUGAGCUUCUGAUUAGCGGAAAAGAAGAUGCUGCCAAUAACUACGCCCGAGGUCACUACACAAUCGGCAAGGAGAUGAUAGAUAACUGCCUUGACCGAAUUCGUCGUGUGACAGACAACUGCAACUCGCUUCAAGGUUUCUUAAUCUUCCAUUCGUUCGGUGGUGGUACUGGUUCCGGUUUUGGUGCCCUUCUUCUCGAGCGUCUUUCCACCGAGUAUGGCAAGAAGUGCAAGCUCGAGUUCGCUGUUUACCCGGCCCCUCGUGUGUCUACCGCCGUUGUCGAGCCUUACAAUGCUGUUCUAUCUACCCACAGUACUAUCGAGAACUCCGACUGUACAUUCCUGGUUGAUAACGAAGCCGUCUACGAUAUUUGCAGACGUAACCUCGACAUCCCUCGUCCCAACUCUGAGCACUUGAACCGCCUUAUUGCUCAGGUUGUCAGCUCCAUUACUUCGUCCCUACGAUUCGAUGGUGCUCUGAACGUUGAUCUGAACGAGUUCCAGACCAACUUGGUCCCGUACCCUCGUAUCCACUACCCUCUAAUCAGCUACGCGCCUGUCAUCUCAGCUGCCAAGAGUGCCCACGAGAGCUUCAAGGUCCAUGAUCUUACCUUCCAAUGUUUCGAGCCAAACAACCAGAUGGUUGUCUGCGACCCUCGAAACGGCAAGUACAUGGCUGUCGCCCUCCUGUACCGUGGCGAUGUUGUUCCCCGUGACUGCAACGCUGCUAUUGCAGCCUUAAAAGCGAAGUCUUCCUUUAACCUCGUCGAAUGGUGCCCCACUGGUUUCAAGCUGGGUAUCAACUACCAGAAGCCCAUGGCUGUUCCUACCGCCUCGCCAUCUGACGGUGGUCUCGCGUCCGUCGACCGCUCCGUUUCUAUGUUGUCCAACACGACUGCUAUUGCCGAGGCCUGGUCCCGUCUGGACUACAAGUUCGACCUUAUGUACAGCAAGCGUGCCUUUGUGCACUGGUAUGUGGGUGAGGGUAUGGAGGAAGGCGAGUUCUCCGAGGCUCGUGAGGAUUUGGCAGCUCUGGAGAAGGAUUACGAGGAGGUUGCGGCUGAUAGCUUCGAGCCGGAUGAGACCGAGGCCGAGUACUAA